UGGUUCGUUCCUGUGAUGACGGCCUACGGGAACGCGCCGUGGUCUCUCUCUCUCUCUCUCUCUCUCUCUAGCGAAAUUUAGUUGAGUUGGUUCGUCUCUCUCUCCUUAGCGAGGGAGGAGGAGGAAGGCCUGGCGGAACGGAGAAGUUGAAUACCUGAUAUGGAUGAAACCAUGGGAAGGCGAACAGUUGGUGGCCUUCUUCUCACCAAAGGGGGCUCAAUUCUUGUCUUCAGGGAGGACAGCCCACGCCACAAGGCCACUGCUUGUUGUACCCGCCUUGGCUGCAGCAGUAAGCUUUUCCCUAACAAAGACAGGAAGAUGCACAGGAAAACCAAGGAACCGGUGAUUCCUCGGAGAUCACUAGUUUACGGGAAAUCCAACAAGAUUUGCCCUCAGGGAAGAAAUGCUUAUGAUGGAAGCACCAGCAGGAAUGCAGCAAGUACUUGUGGUGAGGCUGACAGCAGACCAAGAAGAGAAAACGCUGGACGGGAUCUACUGGCUCGUUUGAAAGAAAGGGUCAAUGCAUCGAGGAAGCGCUCACUGAGUGGAGGGAGUAGUCCUAGUCCACCAUCACUAAACACAUCCAGUACUAGUUCCUCAAGUAGUAGCCGGUCGAUUUCAAGAUCGCUACAUCGACCAGCUUCAAGGAUGAGAAAGGAUGGAGGCAGGAAUGCAGAAGCUGUCCGGAUGCAUAGAGACAGCAGUGGAAGUUCCAGGGUACAUGUGGGAAGCAAUGCUGACGAAGAUCCUUCAGGCAGGUUUCUUUCUCGAAGGUUAUUCAGACAUAGAAGUAGAUUUCAGGGAGGGCCAAUAUCUUCUUUGGAGUACAGUUUGGAUGAUUCCAAUGAAAACUAUAGCUUUGACAUGGAUGAAAGUGAAGAGGUUGAAGAUUAUUAUGUCUUCAAUGAUAGGCAUAGGGGAAUGAGAAUGGACAUUGAUGACAUGUCUUAUGAGGAAUUACUUGCUCUUGGGGAGAGAAUCGGUACAGUAAGCACUGGCCUUUCAGAUGGUGCACUUUCAGAGUGUCUGAAGAGAAGUCUCUAUGUGCCCACAACUUCAAUCAGCCAUGAAGAUGGUGACAUCAAAUGCAUCAUAUGUCAGGAGGAGUACUUCUCAGGUGUCGAGGUGGCCAAGAUGGUAUGCAAGCACUACUACCAUAUCACCUGCAUCCAACAGUGGCUUCGACAAAGGAACUGGUGCCCAAUCUGUAAAUCGGUCGCUUCUGCCGUCAGCUCAUAGUGUUCUUGAGAGGAAAUAAUAAACGAUUUCAUUAUGUUGAUAGGAUUACACUGCAUUUUUUCUCUAGAAUGAAUUAUUCAUUUCAAUCCCAGACUGUUCUUUAUCUCGUUUACUUCACACUGCACAGCCAAAAACAAGCCAAAGGAAGCACAGAAAUAAGUCAUAGCAGAAAAGAUUUUGACAGUUUUGUUGUUUAAGACUUGGAAGUCUAUUGAACUCUUUCAGAAACACGAAGAAUUUAUCAUUAAUACUGCAAUUUUUUGUUGCAAUUUUGCA